CGAGAGGAGAAAGAAGAGAAGAUGAGUGAGAGCAGCGGGGAAGAAGACGAUGAGCCAGAGUUUGGGAAGGAGGAAGAGAAGCCAGGAGCCGCGGCAGAUGAUGAUGAGAUGUGGUUAGGUCUAGCUUGUGUCGUCUGUAAAGAUUUGGAAAUAUCUGCUGGAAACACGCUGAUUGAAUGCCAGGAGUGCCAUAAUCUAUAUCAUCAGAAAUGCCACACCCCUCCUGUAACCGACACAGACCCCAAUGAUCCCAGACUGGUCUGGUACUGUGCCCAAUGUAAACGCAACAUGAAGAAAAUGGUUGCAAAGAAACCGGCCAACCUUCCGGAGACGGUGAUCACGACCGGUUCCUCAUCCUCCUCCUCAUCGUCAUCAUCGUCGGCGAAAGACCAGGAGAAAAACCAGGAUCAGACGUCUCCCAUGAACCUAUUCAGGAGAGCUGAUCCUAAGCCUUCACCAACAUCCACCAGCAGUGCCCAGCAGCCAUUUGGGGGUCUAGCCAGCUACGCCGCUAAUCUGACCAAUCGACAGCAUUCCUCGUCCUCCAAAUCCUCCUCCUCUGGCACCAGUCGUAUCAUAACCAGCACUGGAGCCAAAAUAGCGCCCUCUUCCAUCACCAGUCGCAGCUCCAGCACCUCGGGCACGUCAACGACGAUGAGUGGGAAGGCCCUGAAGCCGCAGAGCGUGCAGCGGUCGACGUCCGUGUCGCAGUCGGGCAAAUGGCCGAACGCGCCCUCCGCUUCAUCGGCCCCGGCGAAGGCAAUGUCGAGCAGCUCGGCAUCGGGGAAGGCACUGCCGCAGACAAGUACAGCCUCUGCCAUGAAGAGACUUCAUAUGAUGAAAAAGAAAGCUUCAAAGCGAUGAACGUGUUGGCUGUUGUUGCGACCAGUUCAAACCGGUAGAUACCAGUUGAAAAUCCUUACUGGUUUUAACUGGAUUUUCGACCUGGGUGACGAUAAUGUGUCACUAUAGUAUAGACAACUGUGUGAUGGCAAAGAAAGCUUCAAAGCGAUGAACGUGUCGGCUGUUGUUGCGACCAGUUCAAACCAGUAGAUACCAGUUGGAAAUCCUUACAGGUUUCAAGUGGUAUCAACUGGAAUUUUGACCUGGGUGAAAAAAAAUGUGAAAAUGCUACAAGAAUUAUGUUAUCAUAAAAUAAAAUACUACAAAUAUAAUCCAUGUACCAG